AAACUGGUUGAAGAAAUAGUACCCCUAACAAUACCUCGAGGCAUAACAGAAGAAUGUGUAAAAUUCGUAACAAAUUUUAUGUCACAAAGUAUACCAAGGUUGCAAGAAAGAUUAACGUAUAAUGGGAACUGGAAGGAAGAUGGCAAUAAGCUUAACGAAGUUGCGUUAAAAAUUCUUGAUAUGUUGAAAAGUGUUUGGUACAAUCCAGCUUUUGGUCCUGAAUUUGUUGAAACGAUGAAUGAGGAUACCUAUGUUAAUAAUGUAGUUGUCUCUGCAAUUCAUACUACAUUAUUUGAUAACCCUUUUGGAGAACAUGUAUUCAUUACUAU